CGCCGCUCAGUCUGAGGAGAAACCAGGACUCUGUGAGAAGAUGAAAUGAACGGGUGUUUUUAGAGAGGAAAUUUAGGAGAAAAGAAGAAAUAAGUGCUCGAAUUCUACCUCGGAGACAGUGAAGGAGCAGAGCGGGUCACCAUGGCGACGCUGAAGGAGAAGAGGACGUGCGGACAGAGGUGCGAGGACUUUGGACACUUUGUCUGGAACUCGGAAAAUGGGACGUUCAUGGGGAGGACACCUUUGAAAUGGAUUUACAUCAGUCUGUACUACGUGGCGUUCUACGUGGUGAUGACCGGCCUCUUCUCCCUCGCCAUCUGGGUGCUCCUGUACACCAUCUCCCCGUACACGCCGGACUAUCAGGACCGACUCAAAUCUCCAGGAGUGAUGGUUUGGCCCAACACUUACGGAGAAGAGAUCGUUGAAAUCACGUACAACUCCUCGGACAAGAACAGCUGCUUGAAGAUGUCCAAUAUCCUGAGAAAGUUCCUCGAGCCGUAUAAUGAAACUCUGCAGCAACAGUGGAACAACGUGUCCUGCACCCGAGGACAGUUCCACAUCCAGCCGCACUUCACCGCCCCUAACCACACAAAAUGGUCCUGCCCCUUCACCCAGAACAUGCUCGGACCCUGCUCCGGCGUCACUGACCCCACGUUUGGAUACAACAGCUCCCGCCCCUGCGUCAUCAUCAAAAUGAACCGGAUCAUAAACUUCUUGCCUUCAAACAGAAGUGGAGUUGAGCCGUAUGUGAACUGCACUGUGCUGACUGGAGCUGAAAACGUGCAGGACAUCGAGUAUUUCCCUCAGAACGGAACGAUGGAUCUUUCUUACUUUCCUUAUUACGGCCGACUGGCUCAGCCGAGUUACGUGAAUCCUCUGGUGGCCGUUAAAUUCAGCCUCGUCAAAGAGAAAGAGGCGAAGAUCCAGUGCAGAGUCGUGUCCGACGUCAUCAGCUACGAAAACAUCCACGACCCCUACGAGGGAAAGGUCGUGUUCUACCUGAGCGUAGAGAGUUAAACACUCAAACAACGACUGUAACUAUGGAAACAAGACAAACUGUUAAAACUUAAAUAUGUGUCUUAAAUUUAAUGCAACACGACAAAAUGCUAAAUUAAGUGCAGUAAAUGUUAUAAUACGUCUGUUUGUCAAAAGGGAAUAUGGAAAAAAAAAAGAUGCAAACGACACUAGAAGUUUUAAAAUAAAUUAGGUCUAA